AUGAAAGUAUUGCAUAUGAUUAAUGCAAACAGUCCAGAUAAACUUUGUAGAGAAAUAUGUUGUGAGCUGGUAAACGACUGUCUUGAAAGAAAAUGUGUAGAUUGUAAGAAUAGAACCCUGCCAAUUUUGCCCUAUGAGGAAACAGAAAACUGCUCAUACAAGAAGUGGGUUUUAAAGACAGAAAAAUACACCAUUAAAGGUGAAGAAAAAACAACAAAAAGGAAUGUAAAAGAUAUCAUUCGUUGUGUAAAGGCAGAGUUAGUUGCAGAAUUAAAUAGAAACAUGCCAAAAUAUAUGUUGCAUAUAUCUAACAUGAGACAUCAACACCAAUUUGAUAACAAGAUACCCAUCAGCGGUAUUAAAACUUUUGUUGGAACGAUGAAAGUGCACCAAGCCUGUUGGACAACAACCAAUCCUGAUUAUUUGGAAUUACGUCGCUUGAGUUGCACCGUUUGUCCUGAAUUAGUUAGAUGCGUUCACUAUAGUCUGGGACAUUACGAAAUAAAACAGAACAGACCAAAAAAAGUUGCCUACUCCGACAUUUACACAGAUUCCGAAAAUGAAGAGGAACAAAUGAAACUUAAAACUAAAUCUCUAAAAGGUGAAUUAUAAUGAAGGAGCAAAUUGCUGCGGUUGUAGAAUCGUGCAAACGUACCUAGUUUGAGAAAUGAAGCAACAUAUCCUUCAACGCUACGUGUCUUAGGUUAUAAUAGUGCUAAU